CUCUCAUCGACUCUCUCUGACUCUCAUCGACUCUCUCCGACUCUCUCUGACUCUCAUCAACUCUCUUCAACUCCCACCCAUUCUCAUACACUCCUAACCACCACCGCCCGCAUUCCCUCAACAUGUCGCCCCAAAAAUGUCUCCAACAGCUUCUGAGCUGCGGCAGCAUCUACCGGCGGCGCGGUAGGUUCACGCCCGAGGAGCAUAAACGGAUCACGGCAGCUUUUGCAUCCUUGUCUCAGAACCUCGGCCUCAUCGAUCCCCAGACUAGGACCAGCUCCUACUUUCGACACAGAGUCUGUCAAGCAUUCUUACGUGAUAUCGAACAGAUAGGCGGCAGGGAUCUUGUUGUGCUCUGCGCAGCCGCUCUGGGCCUCACGCAAAUCGGCAAAAUGACCAAGGGUCAGAGAACAGAGCUCACCGAUCUCAUCAUCAGCCGACAGUCAGACAUCGAAUCGGCCGGCCUCGCGGCCAUCUGGGAGGAACCACAACCGCUAGGCCUCGCCGGAUCCGGGGAGCAGGCAGAUCAACCGGCGCGCAUACAUACCUCCUCAACAUCAACUACGCCUUCAUCACCUCAUGUCUCGCUUGCCGAACCUCUUGUUGCGUCCACGUCCCCAAUCCACGGAAUUCUUCGCAAUGCGCCUGUCAGAGCGUCGACGCGUACGCUCCUGGCCGACUUUCUGCUCACACGGGAAGGGCCCCUGGCACCCGUCGCCGCCGCAUUUGCCAUUGCCAUCCAUCGAGCAGGCUGUAUCGUUCGUCCAGGUCCGCCUCGGCACCCAAGGAUUGGUGGGCCUGCGGCUAUUCCGUUCCUGCUGCCAUCCCGAGAUUGCUGGUACCAAGGCCGCCCCCCGGACGAGGACUCUUACAUGAAUGACCUGCUCUUGAACAUGGAGGGGACCCAAACCUUCCACAGAGGGGAGCAGCGCUCGCUUGCAGACAAACCCAACUAUUGGUCUGUUCUGCGUCAACUCGAUCAACCAGACCCUCGUCACACAGCGUGCAUCAUGAGCAUCCCGAGCAAACUGCAGCUGCUACGCAUUCCUGACAUACUAAGGGCCGCGCCUCUACCCUGUAAUGCCGCCAACCUUUUGACUCUGACAGACGUGACACCCAGGUACUCCUACAUUGACCUCCAAAUGGAUCUUGGGAGUGCAACUAUUAUCGGGACCGCUGGUGGUGGUGAGAAGCUGAUCGGACUCUACCCUCCGACACCACGUAACCUUGCCGUAUUCAGCAGCCAGAAAGCCUUUGUCGAUACGCAUGCUCACCUCGAGAGGGGUGUUUUUAUGGCACUCACGAGUGAGGAGUGCUGUUUCAUUCCUGCUGGCUGGCUUCACACGUUAUAUACAACUGGUAGUGGGCCCACGGCCGUUCUGAAAUGGCCGACGUCGGAAUGUUUCUAAAGGUCUUUUUUGAAGAAUCCACAACUUGCAGGUACCAUAGCACUUAUGCUUGUUAGCUGCAUUCAUCUGCAACUAUGACGAAAACCAAUCCAGGGACCAUUGGACACAGGCUAGCGCGGCUAACACGGUUAACAGAGUAUGCGAUUAUAGUGGUCGUAUGAUUAGGACACUACGGCCUUUUGCAUGCUGAGGCAGAGAUUGAUUUGAUUUGAUUUAGUUAAACAAAUAUAAAAAUGAC